AUGCUAAUCAAGUAUAUAUAUGGACCAAAGGAGCGGAAAAUUGGACAAUUCCAAUAUGGCAGCGAAGAAGCAAACUCAAGAACCCAAAGCAGGAAGAAAUCAGAUCCCAUUCCAUUGGAUGGCUUUCUAAAGUAUGCAAAUGUUUUCUAUCUCUCAAUUGGAAUGCUGGCCUACGAUCACAGGAUAGUGACAAAAGGAGGAGCUUUGCUCCACUGGAUGUUUAUUGGGCAGAGUAACCUGAAUGCAGUGCUAAUUUCGGAACUGAUCUACGUAUUUCUGGCGAUCAGCAGGGAAGCAACUUCUGGAGCCACCAUGAAUCUCUUCAUUGGUUUUGUGGUCGUUGGGGCUAAAAUCUGGCACAUUUGGCGUCAGCGGAAGAGACUCACCCAAGUGGUUAACGAAUUGGAGAACUUGCAUCCGGGCUUGGAUCAGCAGGAGCCAUAUAAUAAGUAUCACCUAAGUGGCUAUAGUCGAUAUAGUAAGUUUUACUUUGGCAUGCUGGUGCUGAUCUGGACCUACAACCUCUACUGGGCGGUUUACUAUCUGGUCUGCGAUUUCUGGCUGGGAGUGCGUAAAUUUGAGAGGAUGCUGCCCUACUACUGCUGGGUUCCCUGGGAUUGGAGUACCGGAUUUAGCUAUUACCUGAUGUAUAUCUCGCAGAUGGCUGGACAGGCGUGUCUCUCUGGUCAGCUGGCAGCGGAUAUGUUGAUGUGCCUUGUCACCCUGGUGGUGAUGCACUUCAUCCGCCUUUCCGGCCACAUCCAGGGGCAUGUGGCGGGAUUAUCACCACAGCGGGACUUGGAGUUCAUCCAAGCAGUGGUGGCCUAUCACCAGAGGUUACUGCUCCUCUGCCAGGACAUUAACGAGAUCUUCGUAUCCCUGCUGUGCAACUUCGUGUCCUCAUCCUUCAUCAUCUGCUUCGUGGGAUUCCAGAUGACCAUCGGUGGCAAGAUCGACAACCUGGUAAUGCUCGUCCUGUCUUUCUGCGCCAUGGUGCAGGUCUUUAUGAUAGCCACACACGCCCAGCGGCUCAUCGAUGCGAGUGAGCAGAUUGGGCAAGCGGUCUACAACCACGACUGGUUCCAUGCGGAUUUACGCUAUCGGAAGAUGCUAGUUCUAAUUGUUAAGAGGGCCCAACAACCCAGUCGCCUAAAGGCCACAAUAUUCCUCAAUGUCUCACUGGUCACCGUAUCGGAUCUGCUACAACUAUCCUACAAAUUCUUCGCCCUCCUGCGCACAAUGUAUAGUACCUGAAGUGGAUGGCAUUUCUGAUUAUGGCCACAAUUCAACGGCCAACAUCAUGUGGCAGUGACAUUGUGUGGUCAGAAGGAGCAAAUCAUCGCUGGCCAAUAACUUACGCCAGUUGCCGCACAGAGUUGUGGUUUUUAAUUAAAGUAGUAGCUCAAAUGAUUAGCGCGAACGCAGGUCACGGAACAAAUCGAAGGGCGGUCAACUAACCGCAGUAGCAAUGAUUAAUUAUCGCCAUUUCGCUUGCACAAAGGGCCAAUUUCAGAUGCCAGACAAAGCACUGGUGCUUUUAGAAUUAGCGACUCCGCCAAGCUCUUGCUCCCCAAAAAUCACCUGGCACAAACGAUUGGCCACCCAGUGACCAAUUUAAUUAAAGAUUCCCCAAUUCUUCCUGUGCUUGAACUUGCUAACAUGCUGCACUAUCAGGGAUGCAAAGCGGAAAUGGGCAAACGUGGGUUAAUGAAUUAAUAGUUCAUCAAUGGGAAAACCUUAGCGAAGAACUGAGUUACCAUUUUUGUAUCUAUUAAGUACUUUUCUUAAAAUAACCACUGGGAUAAAAAGUGAAUAGUUAAAAGCCUUAC